AAACGAUGUUUUUUAUAUUCGCUAAUUCUAAUAAUUAUAUGUUUUUCUUGUUACCCUCCUCUUAUGAUGUAAUAGGAUUUUAAAGUCACUUUCUCACUCAAAUCAAAUUCUGCAAGUUUAUUAAUUGUUUAAAAACAGAAAUGAAAAACGAAGAAAAUAUGGUGCCAUUCUAUGAUAGCGGCGAAGAUGUUAAGGUUGACAUAUGUAACAUCACUGAUAACCAACCUAAACAACGCAGAAGGGGAAGAGGCUUAAAAUAUAAGAGGAUUAAGACCUUUAGCAAUUUGGAUGAAGUAAAAAUCAACUCAUAUGACGGAUACUCGUGGACUGUUUUUUCGGUUGAUCGCACUGACGAGGGAACCAAAAAAUAUUACCGUUGUUCUACCCAAAGAGGGUCCAAAUGUCCCGCUCGUAUUUUCUUGUUAUUUCACUCCAGCAAUUUCGAGAUAACUUUAUUUCAGGCCGAAUUCGAACACAAUCACACAGUAAUCGGCAAACAAUCCGGAUUAGCCGGCGAUAUGAAAAAAUUAAUAAGAUCGUUAUACGAAGAGGGUUACAAAACCGCUAGCCAAUGUUUGAGAAAAUUAGAAGAUAUGAAUGUCAAUAAUCUACCUUUGCUUAAACAAGUGAAUAGUUACGUGGCGACUCUUCGCAGGAAAAGUUCGAGUCCAAUAAGAAUCAGCUUAGGUCGCUUCCGGGAUUGGUGUAUUAAAAAAUCCACGAUUCCUAUCGAUAUCGACGAAUGUUUUGUUGGUAAUCACGAAAUUAUUGUCGAACAGGACCCUCCCAAGUUGCGUGUGUUUGUUACCACAAAAAAUCUACUCUCGAACUGUUGCCGAUCCGAUCACAUUUGCAUCGAUUCAACUCAUAAGCUCCUUUGGCAAGGUUAUCCGGUUUUGAUUACAGGAACUACCGAUAAAAAGAGCGCAUUUCAUCCCUUCGGUCUAGCUAUUUGCUUGAGCGAAACUGCUGAAGAUCACCAGUUUAUCUUUGAGAGCCUGCGAUUGAAUUGCCUGAAAAUUCAUAACCAUAUUUACAAGCCGAAAAUAUUAAUCGCCGAUGCCUCGGACGCUAUAACGAAAGGUUUUGUAUCCGCUUUUGACUCCAUGGAAAAACGAGUGGUAUGCUGGGCACACGUUAAGAAAAAUAUAGAUUCACAUCUGCGAGUCGUGGGAGAAUCGAAGCUCAUGAAUAAUUUAAAAGAUGACAUUGAAUUUCUUCAAACGUUGCAAUCCCAAAAGAUAUUUGAUAAAGGCGUCGAAUUGUUUCGUCAAAAAUAUGCUUCUCAGAACUCGAUGGUCGUUGAUAAUUUUAUCGAAUAUCUAUCAAAAGAGUGGAUCAUCUCGAACAAAGGAUGGUUUGAGGGUUAUGUCGUAGGUUAUCCGUCGACUAAUAAUAGCCUAGAAACCACAAUCAAGGCUAUCAAAGAUCAAUAUACCUUUAGAGAGCGUCUCCCCCUUGAAGAGUUUUUAAUUGUACUUGAAAGAGAUAUUGUCAAUAAAAUGUCUCGAGAGCGCAACAGCCAUAUAUCUUCUCCAACCUCUGAAGACUUCAAAAUAUUUUCCGUCGCCCCAGACAUAAAUAUGGAGAUGUGGACAACGACUUAUCAGUGGCUCAAAAAAAAUCGAGGGGUUAUUCCACUGAAUAAUAAAUGGAGUCAAAAAAUUCAUUACAUAGAAAAUAGCCUUACUGACCAGUUCAAUUUGAUAAUCGUUUCCAGAUAUAUGGAAAGGCAGGAAAACUUGGAUUGGUCUAAUUUUGAGAGUUUUAAAAAGGAUCAAUUUUCCGUGUGGGAAGUUUGUUUCGACAAGGAUAAUUGGGGAAAAAGCAAUUGUUCUUGCCCUCAUUUUUGUAAAAAAUACGUCUGCAAACAUAUACUUGGCUUGGCCGUUAGGUAUAAGUUGUGCGUAAUACCCUCAGAAGCAAAGAUAUUAUCUUUGACUCGAACUCCCAGAAGAAGCGGGGCUAAAAAGGUCAUACUCAUUCAAUAAUUAUUGUAAUUAUAUAAUAUGUAUUAAUAUAUGUUUUUGUUAGUAUAAUAAAAACUAAAAUAUUAA